CUUUGUUCGGACCUGGUUGGCAUAGGAACAGACCAUCUAGUGCUACUCUGGUGUGUUUAUAUCAGUUGUAGGGGAACACCUGGAUCCACCCUUAACGGCGAAUUAGUGGGAGUCAUCGAUUUCUUGACACCAAACAUGCCCCUCAACCCGAUGCGCAAUUCCGCAGUAAAGCUGCGUCUCAAGACGGCGCUUUACGGCAUCAAUUAUCAUACCGACCAUAUAAUGCCCUACAUUGCCCGUUCACAAUUACUGUUACCUAAGAACCCUGUCAAAUGCAAAAUCUCUCAUCUCUACCAGAACCGCCCUCGCGAUACGCUAUGGUACUCAAUGAGUCACAGCAUGAUCUCAUCAUACAAAAGUGUUGUUCGGUCAUGGGCAUUGGGAAGGUCUAGAGUAGCCUUUCGCAAAGCGAUGGAAGCGCGUGGAUACGAUAGAGACGGCCGAGCAAUCAGUUCGUUUGCCAGGGAGCCUCAGGAGGCGAAACAUAUUGACGGUCUCCGAGGGACGCUUAACGUCAUUAUUCAGGAACCGGUCCUCAACGCGAAAUCCUCAGAGAUUGAGAGGGAUAUGGAUUUGAUUGUGCAUGAGGUAAUCCAGACCAUGCUCAAGGAUCCAAACGUGAAGAAGGGCAAGGUUCCGCCGCCAGGGAGACCGCGUGUGUCUGCUUAUUAUCCAAGGAGAAGAUGAGACAGUCAGGAUCAUUUGAGAACAAUUUGGCACAUUCUUCUGUAAAUAGAUGAAUAGAAAUAAUAUCAUAUUGUAUAGCAUGGACAUGCCUCUUGAUCGCGGCCGAGGGUCCUUGGCAACGUUUGGUUCGUUCCUAACGGGCCGAUCUUUGAGGAGAAUCAAAACAACAUCUCCGACAUACCACCU